GACGUCAACUGGGGUUUUCCGGGUUCUGUGGGUUGGUCGAAUGCAGCCGUGCUGUACACUAACUAAAAGUUAAACGCCUGCCUGCUGGUGUGCCACUGCCUGAGGUCGAGGACGGAGACGAUACGCCUGAAACCAUGAAGGGGGAAGCGAGUUGUAUUGCGUUUAAUAGCCUCGAGGUGGUCCGACCCAGAUGAAACGGCAAGUGAGGAAAAAACCCGAACAUGUCAACAACGCGGCCCCUCCCCGGCAUGAAGCGAAUCACCGAGCUAAGCUGCGAAACGGCGCCGACCAACAGCCGCGCUCCCUCCGCCAACAGACUGCUGCCGGAUGCGUGGACUGUCGACGAGUUUACAGUGGACGAAGGCAAAGAGCAGGAUUUAAAAUUCGCGAAGUCUCGCGUCGAGCAAGUUUUCCAGGUGACGUUUACAAUUAUUGGUCUUCUCGACCACACUGUUGGAGCCCACGGAAGUAAGGCUUCUAGGCAAAUCUGGCUUCAGCUGAAUGGGAAAAAAGAGGAUGUCUCAAAGGCAAAGGAGUAUGUUAAAGGCCUUUGUGACCCAGAGCUGCACCAAGAUGAGAGAUAUCCAGUGGACAUGCAUUGCAUCUUUGGUGGUGCUGGUGGCCUCUUUCUGGACCAUUUGGUUCGGGACACAAGUGCGGAAGUGCAGGUGCUGCAGCCGGGCCGUCUGAAAUUGAUGGGUUGUACCGAAGCUGUGGUAAUGGCACAGAGCCGCGUGCAGCAGUUUGUUGCCCUCUUCCAUGAGAAACGUAGCUUACCAGCUGACCGGGAGCCUUCAGUCAAGCGAACCUUUAAGAACUUUGUGGAGGAGCGAGCGGACAAAUACACCAUGGAGCUUUUGCUUUUGCCUAGCGCCUUAAAGGAGGAGCUUCUGGGACUGGUGCAGAGCCCAGCACAGCUUAGUGUGGAUUUGGAGCAGGACCGUUCGCAGACCAGCACUCCAGUCACUGAGCUCUCCAAUCGAAUCUUGGUUGCAACCUUUGAGGAAAAAUCAUCCACAAAGGACAAAGUUUUGUUUGAAGACAAGUCAUCCAGCCCUGUGCCUAUAGCUGACGUUCCGGUACUGAACGGGCGCCCAACACACAAACGGCGCUCUUCUGAGAGUGAGCAAAGAGACACCAAAAGACAAUACUCACUGGAGAGAAGGGAUGAAGAACAGGAUCGGGAAAAAGCACGUGAUCACAGCCAGACACGGACAAGGCCACCUGGCAGGAUGGGCCCACUGGUGUUGGACUCUGGUGACACAUCUGACGAAGGUGAUGCUGUGAGCCCUGAGACCAACCUGCGGUGUCUGGUGAACUUUUUUAGAACCAUGGGCUACCAGCAGGAUGUGGUUGAACGGGUAGUGUGUGAAACGGGCCAAACUGAAGACACUUUCUUGCUGUUGGCGCGCAUCGUGGAGGAGAGCCAAAAAACCCAAGACAUGUCCUCUAACAAAUGUCCAUCUACCCACUCCACUUACAGCAAGCUUAAGGAGAAGGAACGGGUGCAAGGACGAGCUUUAACAGAGAUCAAGCUAAAAGAGAAUAUCAAGGUGCCCAACACUAAUGGUUGGAACCAGAAGAGCCAAUCAAUCAGUGCAGCUACACUGGACAGUGACGAUGAUGUUAUAGAGAUCGGGAGAAAAUGCAGGACAGUUGGGCCUCUGGAUAUUAAAUCGGACUCCAGGUUUGAUUACCUGUCACGGGGUGGUUCACAGACUGUGGGGCCCAUGCGGAUAGAGUCAGUGACACCACUGCGCAGUUGUGCAACAGAAACACGGCCAAGCUGCUCCUACCAGACCUGUCCACGAGUGCCACUGCCCCUCACUGAGCCACCAGCACCGCCAAAGUCCACUCCUCUUACAGGGCUGUCCCGCUUUCAUAGUUCACUGAGCACUCCCUAUCAGCUGGUCCUGCAGGAUGUACCUGGGCGCUCAGAGCUUCGGCAUAUCAUCAUAGACGGCAGCAAUGUUGCCAUGGCACACGGACUCAAUCGAGUCUUUUCUUGUCGCGGGAUUGCCAUUGCUGUCGAAGCCUUCUGGCGAAGGGGACACAGAGAGAUCACUGUGUUUGUGCCUCAGUGGAGGCAGAAAAGAGCCGCCAACAUUACAGAACAACACUUCCUUAAUCAGCUGGAGGACUUGCGGUUGCUGUCCUUCACCCCCUCUAGAGAGGUCUGUGGGCAAAGGAUAACUUCACAUGAUGACAGGUUCUUGCUUCAUUUGGCAGAGAAGACAGGAGGCAUCGUUGUCACUAAUGACAACCUGAGAGACUUUGUUACACAGUCUGAGGCAUGGAGAAAGAUCAUACAAGAGCGACUUUUGCAGUUCACCUUUGUGGAGGAUCAUUUCAUGAUCCCAGAUGAUCCAUUGGGGAAACACGGGCCUCACUUGGAGCAGUUCCUGCUCAAAGACAGCCGAUCCACUGCAAGUCCUCUCAUGCCCACACUGAGGAUGGUAGACCCGCAGGUCUCGUCAGCGGUUUAUACCAAAACACAUGCCCCGCUGCCCACUGAGUCCAGAUCAGCAUUGCACUGGUCCCAUUCCAGCCCCCCUGACUGGCAUCUGCCUCGUCCGUCUCCUUCUCCUCCUCCACAGCGCUCACCCUCAGAAACUACAGAGCUGAAGAAGCAGCUGUACGACAUUUUCCCCAACCAAAACCAGCGCAUCGAUUGCAUCCUCAAUGAAAACCCUUACAUGAGGGACCUGAAUGCUCUGUCAGCCCUCCUGUUGGGCUGAAACAUAUGACUGUUAAGACCACAAACACACAAAGCAGUGUAUCGUCAGUGUGGCUACAAAAACAAUGGUGAACAUGACUUUUUUUUUGUUGUUGUUUUUUUAUAAAGACAUUGGAAUCUAAAGACUGCUACAAGUGGGUUGUUCGUUUUAGGGAAUCUUGUAAUAAUUUGCAUUCAAGAUUACAGAUCCCUUCCAUGUAGCUUACAAGCACAAUUAAUACACUUCAGUUUGGAUUUGAGUUAAACGAAUGUCGAAAGAUGUAGAUUCCAUGUGGCACAUAUUUGAUGUAAAUAUUUAUUACAAGAAUUCCUCUCAUAAUUUAUCAAUGAAAAAAAAAUCUUUGUUCUAAAAGGUGUUUUAGCCACGCAACUGUGUUCAAACUGGUUUGCGGUAACGGCUUCAGAAGAUGUUUGUUUUUUGCUGUCAGUUUCUUUAACAAUGAUUUUGGGCAUUGGCCCAUUUGAGUCGAACUGAAAUGCAAUAAAUUGCCCAAGUUGUUUUCAA